GAUGACGUCUUGCAGCAGCAACUGUCAAGUGACUCUUCCUGGUGGUGCAGUUGUCACUUUUUUAAUCUAGCUACGUGUAUACUUCUGUGCUGGCAGCGCCCAUGUAGGACGCCUCGCUUCUUUCUUCUUAUUCUGAGUUCGUGAGCAUUUAGCAGACACGAGGCGCUUAUUCCCGUGAGUCAGACCCUGGCAGUAUUUUGCCUGAUGUUGUAACUAAUUAAAUGAGUUGUUUUUUGUGUGCUGGCUAGUGCUAGUUGAUAGUAACUGAAGAUUAACAUCUGACAGAUCUGCCUCUUGUCUUCGGCGACCAGUUCUAACGGUGGUAUGAAUCAAAUGGAGAUGUCCAGGAGAAGCGCCAGGUUGGGCACCAAGGAUCUGCCCGACGACGAUGCAGCCAGCACCAGCUCCACUGGCUCCACGGGUCAGGUCUCCUACAGAGAGACUCCAGUCAGGAUCUUCAAAAGGAAGACUGGGGGUCGUAAGCCGGCGAGCUCCUCGCGAACCUCCAGCCGUGAUAGCAGCGUGUCCGGCGAGACGGUCAACCAGAGCAGUGACCCAAUCCAAACGGACAGAUACCCUAUGCGUGUCGCCCAUGGGAGGUCCAGCAGCAGCAGCAGUCGUUUCCAGCAGGAGGCUCCAGGCUUCUCCUCUGGGUACUCGUCCUCUGAAGAGGCCUACUACAGGCCCAGCCCCAGCCCCAGUGCCAGCGGCGCCUCCAGUUCCCUGCAGUCUCCAGCAGAACCAGAGUUUAGCUUGAAAGAUGCUCUAAGAUCUCCUGCUCAGUCUCUGGUGAUGGUGUACUGGUGGAUGGGCUCAGCCUGGUACAGUCUCACCUCAGGAAUCACAUUCCUGGAUGUGUUCCUACUCAGCAGGCGCACUGCAGGUGUGAGGAAGGCCAUUCUGCUCUUCCUCCUCGUCCUCCUCCUGGCAUUCGGCAUGUGGUAUUGGUAUCCCCACCUCUCACGCAGUCUGUCUCAGAUAUAUGUGAAGAGCAAGCCCAGCCCAGCUCCACCAGGCCCCAUCCAGCACAGAGUUAACGAUGGCAUCCCUCCGGCCAGUCUGUCCAUCCUGAAGGAGGAGAUCUAUAGGCAGCUGCGUGAGCAAGAGGCCCGGUGGUCAGAAACCGCGUCCCAAAACCUGGAGAGUGUAAAGAGAGAGAUCACUCUUCUGAAACAGGACGAACAGAAGCAGAAGCAAGCAACUGAGGUGCUGCAGACUGCUAUUAAGAAUCUUCAAAACGAAAAAGUGACAAUUACAAGUGUGCACUCCGAGCAGCAGAACUCGCUGGGCCAGGAGCUGGAGGGGGUCCAGCAGCAGAUCACACUGCUGAGAUCUGAAGUGUCCGACCUGCGUGCCGCCUCAGACUCACUCCAGAACAGGAUCACAUCCCAGGAAGCUUCUCAAACCAAAGCUGCUGCUCAGCUGAAGGAGGACUUGUCCAGCUGGCUUCUGCAGAAACUCUCAUCGCAGCGCCAGCCCCAGCCUCUGCCCAGGGACGUGGUGCUGCAGCCUCACCUGCAGGGGGCACUGGAGGCCCUGGAGCAGCGUCUGCUGACGCGCCUGGCAGAGGAGAAGGAGAGCCAGAAGACGGACGCCUGGAGGACUGUGGGGGAGACGCUGCAGAGGGAGGGGGUGGGGGCCAUCACCGUUCAGGAUGUGGAACAGAUUGUGCACCGAGCCUUGAGUUUGUACCGAGCUGACGGGAUUGGCAUGGCUGACUAUGCGCUCGAGUCUUCAGGGGCGAGUGUGAUCAACACACGCUGCUCUGAGACGUACAGGACCAGGUCGGCUUGUCUGAGCCUCUUUGGGUUCCCCCUGUGGUAUCACUCCGAGAGCCCCCGCACGGUCAUUCAGCCUGAACUGUACCCUGGGAAAUGCUGGGCUUUCCGUGGGGGCGAAGGCUUCCUGGUGAUCGCGCUGUCCUAUCCAGUGCGCAUCACUCACGUGUCCCUGGAGCACCUCCCGAAGGUCCUCUCUCCCACCGGCCGCAUCGACAGUGCCCCCCGCAGCUUCGCUGUCUACGGUAUGUCCAAUGAGCACGAGGAAGGCACCGCUCUGGGGACCUUCACUUAUGAUCAGAAUGGGGAACCUGUCCAGACCUUCAAACUCCCGGCCCCGGUGAGGAACGCGUACCGGAUGGUGGAGCUGCGUAUCCUGAGUAACUGGGGCCACCCAGAGUACACGUGUGUGUACCGCUUCCGAGUGCACGGCGAAGCAGAGGAGGCCUGAAGACGGGAGCACAGCACGGGGGUGGGGGGGGGG